AUGUGUUCGCGAACGAAUGCACAAAUCGCGGAGCUGCGCAACGUUUACCAACAGAUAUACGGGAGAAGUCUGGAGAAUGAUUUGAUCAGUGAAACGAGCGGCCAUUUCAAACGCCUGCUCGUAUCGUUGUGCGCUGGCGGGCGCGAUGAGAGCAUGCAGAUCGAUCCGCUUCGGGCUAAUCAAGCAAGUUCUAUUUCUUUUUUUGCUAAUAGUGCUUGCCUGACGAGUGCUCUCUGUCCAUUUGAACCUGUACUAGCACUGGCACUUCCUUCAGGUAAAACGGGGUUUAGCUCCUGA